CACCAAGACUCUACGACAGACAAUUAGCAAUCACUUAAUGCGACGGGUCUCUGAGCUGAUUGUUUAACAAUGCGUCCAUCGGUAUCCCCAGUCCUCGCCUCUCUGGCAAACGUGUUCCGAAUUCCCCUAUCACAAUCGACUCUCCGGCCAACAAUUCCCUUUCUCAAUAAGCAAACGUCGACACAACCCAGCACCUUACAAGCGCAAGCCAAGGCCCCAUUCUCGACUACAACCCCGCUACUCAAGCGAAAGACUCAAUAUACAGACCGGAGAGUUACUCUUAUUCGCUACUUCCUAUAUCACCCGCUCACUCCGCGUCCACUCCGCUUCAGUCGCACCCGUUUCCUCCGCCACUGGACCAUCCACCGCGCCUGGCAAUUGUACCAGGCCCAGCGCAGGCGCAACCACCAGCUCGAGCUGCAGCGGCAGUGGCAGGCCAUGAACGCCGCCUGCGAAGAGCUAAGGACUGGGGCUGGUGAUGGUGGGAAGUUGUUCCGCAAGAGUAUGAUUAAGACGAGGAUUUUCCAGGAUAUGUUCCCCAUUGAGUAUGGGCGCCUGCAGACGGAGGGACCUGGGGAGGGUUGGAAUCAUGCAUGGAAGAGGCCUGAGGGAACAACAAAGCGGUGA